CGAACGUUGUAAUUUUGAGGUGAAGAGCAGAAAACAGACCAUCUACUGAUCUAGGGUUAUUGGUCUGAAAGAAAUGAGUUUCUAACUUUGAGCCAAAUCCACCUCCUCAACUUUCCAAGAACCCACGUGAUAGUUCAUAUAGCGAUUCAUCUAUCAAACUACGUUACGCCGGAAUUCAUCAUCAAGAUUCAAGAAUCUCUGUUUUUCACUGCCGCUGCCACUGGAGUUCGUUAUCAAAAAUCUCAAUCUCAUCGUCUAAAUCAAACGUUAAUCCUAUCCUAACACUAACAUGGGAUCAUUAGGAACCCAUUUCACAUCAUUCCUCUUUCUCUUCCCUCUCGGCGUCCGGCGCCUCAUAUCCUCUUUCUCGAUCUACCUCAGCAACCCAUCGCUCUAUCGAUCCAAAACAUGCAAUCUGUAGUCGUUUUCCUUUUCUGGGUACUCCUCAUUUUCAUUGCAAUCAAAGAAUUUAUUGAUCCCAUCGCAAUGCCAGAGCAUUUCAUAUUCGUUUUCGCUGGGGUUGCCUUUCUGAUCGAGUAUCUAAUGAACGGCAAAGGCAUUGUUGGUCUUGGUGAACUCGAGUAUAGCUUCUUAGGUGGAUUGACACUAGUCUGUUCUGCAGCUUGUUUCUUUCUUUCGAUUAAGCCAUCUGCAUAUUUUGCAGACUUUUUGUUGUCUUCUGGGCUUGUUUUGAAGGGUACUUGGGUUUUGCAGGUUGGAUUAUCGUUGUACACAGAUGCUUUUGCGUUUAAGGGGUGUGGUAAAGUGGUGAUUGCUCCAUCUCAGGGUCAGGGGAAUACUGAUGUCAAAUGUGAUCUUGAAGAGGAUAAAUUGAGGGGUAUAGCGUUGAUGAAUUUGUUGUUUGUUGUGCAUUCAAUUAUGGUGUUGAUAAUGUGCUUUGUUCUAUUGGGAUUAUUGAGUCGUAACAAGGUGAGGCCAGGUGAUCCUCCCAUCAUGGCUCAACUUGAUUCUGAUAGGAUGCUUAUGAACCCUCUUCCUGCCCUUGAGAUGGACUGA